AUUUUCUUAAAAAUAAGAAUAUAAAUUAAAAUAAGACAUGACCUAAAGGUCUUAGUUACCAGGUCAUAAAAUCCCUAUAAAAAAAAGUCGCUAAUUAUGUUCAAAAAAAAUAUUGAAAUUGAUCAAUUUUUUUGACCUUUUCACCAAGUUUGUGAUGCCAUAGAAAUUUUCAAAGAAAAACAGAAUUUUUGGGAGGUUAAAAAAUUCUGAAUAUCAUCUUAAAGUAAACCUUACAUCUCAAGAAAAUGGCUCACAACAUUAAAAUUCUACCCGGAGCAACUGUCUGCGAAGACUGUACCUUAGAGGGUGAUAUAACCAUAGGAGGAGGUACAGUUAUUCAUCCGAGAGUCAGCAUUAUAGCUGAAGGCGGACCUAUUAUAAUUGCUGAAUACUGUAUUAUUGAAGAAUAUUCUACUAUAAUACAUAAAAAGAGUGAUAAACAGGAGAAUCCCCCAAAGCCAUUGUUUAUAGGUGCACACAAUGUUUUUGAAGUUGCUUGCAAACUGGAGUCUAUCUAUGGUCACGUCGGUGAAAGUAAUGUUUUUGAAUGCAGAUCUUUUGUUGGAGAAGAAGUCAAAGUUGGCAGUGGUUGUGUAAUAGGAGCAGCCUGUACAUUAACAGCUCCCCAGAUAUUAGCAGACAAUACAGUGAUCUGGGGCUCAGAGCAUCAUGUUAGAGAAGCUUUAGAGAAACAGCCCUCUCAGUUAUUGCAGCUUGAUUUCUUAAGCAAAGUGAUGCCUAAUUAUCAUAGACUGCGAAAACCAAAUGUUCACAAAAGACAACCAUCAAGACAGUCUCAAGAACCUUCUCCAAAACCUUAGUUUAUUAUUUCUGUGAACAAACAUACAUGAAGUGUAAAAAUAUAUAUUUAUUCUUUUUGAAUACCUAAUAA